UCGCUGCACCUCCAUUUCGUCCCUUGUUUCCCAUCGUUCACCGCCGCAUCUCCGCCUGAAGCCGACGCCUCCUUCAGAUCACGACUUGAUCCUUCAACCCCAAAUACCUUUCAACAUUUUUCGAUUUCGAAUUUCAAAUUUGCACCCAAGAUCACCCACUUCGAAAAUUCUUGAAAUUAGAGAAAUAUUCGAAAUUGCUACAAAGUAUUCCCCACCAGAUUGUGCAGUCCCCAGCCAGAUUAUGCCUGCCAAACCCCAACUCGCCGUCUCUUCAGAACCCUAACCCAUCUAAAUUCUCAUCUCAAAACUCACAGACGCAACAGUCCCACCAGGCACUGAAUCAGUUAAUGACUUCUGGCGUCUCAUCAAUACUCCUUCCUCUCUUACCACCCCUCCCCAGAGCGCAAUCUCUUCUCCUUCAAAUGGCAUCUCUUGCUUCUAAACUGUUUGAGGUCUCACCUAAUCGGCCACAUUGGCUUAGUGCAUUUUGUGCUUCUCUGCCUUCUUUCCUGUCUUCGCAUGCACAAUCCCCAACACCUGCUCAGGCAGACUCUGAUCCAUCUUCUGCCAAAGAAAUCAUCACCCAACUCACAGCCCUUCAGACUCAGCUCUUUGAAGCCGUUGCUGAACUCCAGGAGAUACUUGAUCUUCAAGAUGCUAAACAGAAGCUCACCCGCGACAUCAGGUCCAAAGAUGCUUCUCUUCUUGCCUUUGCCAACAAACUUAAGGAAACCGAACAUGUUCUUGACAUGCUCGUUGAUCAUUAUUCUGACUACCGUCACCCUAAAAGAACCAAGUCAGUGGAUGAUGCAGACGAUUCCUCCAAACUACGGUCGAGACUCGGCUCAAACUAUCAGAUAUGCUCUCAUAUGCACAUAAAAUCAGUUACACUACUUGCACCUCCAGAAUUCAGUGUUGGACAAGGUCCUCUCCGAGGAGCACUCCCUCCCGCGCCACAAGAUAAGCAAAUGCGCGCAUCACAGUUAUAUUACUUCGCUGAUCUGGACAUUGGGUUGCCUAAAACAACAGAAGGUAAAGAGAAAAUCAUCGAUGAAAUCAUUGAAACCCCUGCUGCACCACCUGCGGAAAGCAACCCACUGGCAAGCUUAUCAGCAAUUCAAGGCUUGAACCCUUCUAAGCUAGUUGCGCCACCAGGAUGGAAACCUGGAAUGCCUGUGGAAUUGCCUAUCGAUCUAUCAGCUCUGCCUCCUCCGCCUCCCGGGUGGAAGCCUGGCGACCCGUUGCCCCCGUUGGAUGCUCUCCCUCUUCUGCCAAGAGUCGAGGAACAGCCGAGGUCUGGCCCUCCUCCUGGUCUGGUGAAAGCUCCGGAGCCUAUCCAGGUACAGCACGUGCAGCUUGAUAUUGAGGAUGACAAUGGUGAAGAUUUUAGCUCUGAUGAUGCCAGCUCUGGGAGUGAAGAUUGAUGGUUGAUUGAAGGUUUAGAAAUUGGUGUUUGUAUCAUUUAUGGUUGAAGUUUUAGAUGCUUUAAUCUCAUCCUCGUUCCAUACUCUUGUACCAGUCUCCUAUGCCGCUGAGGCUGUCGAGAAAACCAGCGCCAUGCUCAAAGUUGUGAAGCAAAUUUCUAUUGAAAAGCAUUGUAUAUAUCUCUAUUUCAUUCA